UAUUCUUUUAUUCGCUCAUUUUUGUCUCUCGAUUUUACAAAUUCAUUUCGAUUAAUAGGCAACUUAAAAUGACCACAAAAUUAAGGAAUAACUUAAUUAAUUUAAGACAAGCAAGAAACUUUCUUUGAUCUACAACUGUAGGUAUAGUUGAAGGGAUUCAUGAUGGUCGUCGAUGUGGUCUUCUUCUUUAUGUGCUUGUUUAUUCCAAAAAUCCUCUGUCAAUCUCAUUGCGUUGGCACCUGCUAUUCUGGUAGACUUUUCCCAGAGCCUCAAGACAUCUUCCAUGGAAAACAUCUCAAGGGAUACUCUUACAACAACAUCACCACUAAUGAUCCAGUCAAGUGCUACUCAUCUUGUGUCCAAGAUUGUCGUUGUAAGGCGUGUCAGAUGAAAGAUGCAAGAUGUGAGUUGCUGGAUGAGGACAAGACUUCCAAGGUUAAUAACUUUGUAGAUGAACCAGGAUACGUGUACUUUGAUCUCAAGCAGACAAUGUACAAUGCUUCUUCGUACUUGAUGCCACCAGGUGUUCAGUGCUAUAAUGGCUGUUGUCGAUCUCAGCCUUGUUUGAAUGGAGGAACAUGCAUAGAGCACUGCGAUUCACCAAAGGAAAAGUUCACUUGCAGCUGUAAUUAUAAAUUUCAUGGCAAAGUUUGCGAAACGAAAAAAAUAUAUUCGUCYUGYAAAGAUGUUGCUGUUCGGAAGGAACCCGGAAUGCCUACGAAAGGUGUAUAUUUUAUAAGAACUUCAGACUCGAAGAUUAUUAAAAUCUUCUGUGAAUUCAACUUCAACAGCAAACGAURCUGGGCUUUAAUCGAGUCAUUUUCCUUAAARAACAACUAUCUAUUCAAAGCGAAGCCGUUUUAUGUUAACUAUAGUGUAAAUCAAGACAGAACUCCAAACGGGGAAGCCUACCGAUUAAGCCUGAAUGACAUGCUGUACUUCCGAUCCAAGGCCACCAUCUUUAGAGCCACAUGUGACAUCCAAGUGGUGAAUUCUGGUAAAUCAUCCUAUAUGCUUGGGGUGCUGAAUGAAGUAGAUAUCUUGAAAAAGAUAUCCAUCGACAAUCAAUGUAAAAG